GCUUGAAACUAAAUGACUGCUGGUGAAAAUGGCUGAAAAUGGAAAUGGAGAAAACAUGUCUAUCUUGGAAAGCAAAAUCUGUCAGCAAAUUGAGUACUAUUUUGGCAAUCACAACCUACCAAGAGACAAGUUUCUAAAGGAACAGAUCAAACUGGACGAUGGCUGGGUACCUUUAGAAGUAAUGAUCAAAUUCAACAGGUUAAGUCGCCUUUCAAAAGAUUUUGAUGUUAUUGUAGAAGCACUAAGAAAAUCCAAGACUGGUUUAAUGGAAAUAAAUGAAGACAAAACUAAAAUCAGAAGAUCUCCAAAUAAACCCCUUCCUGAAUUAAAUGACCAGUAUAAGGCUGCAAUUAAAAACAGAUCUGUGUAUGUUAAAGGUUUUCCACUAGAUGCAACUCUUGAUGAUAUCAAAGAAUGGCUUGAGGAUAAAGGUCCAGUUGAAAAUAUUCAAAUGAGGCGAACAUUGCAGAGAACAUUUAAGGGCUCAAUAUUUGCAGUUUUUGAUAGUGUUGAAUCUGCUAAGAAGUUCACAGAGAUACCAAAUCAGAAGUACAAAGACACAGAGCUGAUAGUACUUUUCAAGGAGGAGUAUUGUACAAAGAAGAAUGAAGAAAGGAAACAAAACAAAGUAGAAGCAAAAGCAAGAGCUAAACAGGAGAAAGAAGAAAAGCAGAAACAAGCAGCAGAUGCUGAAAUGAAGUCUCUGGAAGAAAAGACAGGAUGUCUUUUGAAGUUUUCUGGUGAUCUAGAUGACCAAACAUGCAGAGAAGACCUCCAUGAUGUAUUUUCUGGUCACGGAGAAAUCAAGUGGAUACACUUUGUUAGAGGUGCAAAGGAGGGAAUUAUCCUAUUUAAGGAUAUUGCCAAAGAAGCUCUGGAAAAAGCCAAAGCAGCACAUAAUGGAAACUUGCAGCUCCGGAACAAGGAUGUUUCAUGGGAAGUGCUAGAAGGAGAUGCAGAGAAAGAAGCUCUGAAAAAAAUCCUGGAAGAUCAGCAGGAACUGCUGAAACAGAAAACAAAAGGGCGCAAAAUUAAAGGAAAAGGAAGAGGUGGGAAGAUACCUCAAGGUGCACAGAAAGGAAAAAUACAGUUUCAGGGCAAGAAAAUAAAGUUUGACGAAGAAGAUGGUGAAAAUGAUACUAAAACAGAACCAGCAAGUCCCAAGAAGAGACCACUAGAGGAAACAGAAAAGGAAGAACCUGCACCAAAACAACUGAAAACAGAAAAUGGAGAUGGCAAUCAGUAACACUCAAAAGAAUUUUAAAAAAAUAGUGGUUUUAUUUUUCCAUUUUCAAUAGGUUUUAAAGACAUGGCUCAGUUCAGGACUUUCUUGGCAGAAAAUCUAAUGAAAUCCACUUCAAUGUCAAUCUACAAUUAGAGAAAAGCUUCAUUUUAUUGGGUUACAGCUUUCUUUUUUUGUUUAAGAAGCAUGCUUACUCCUAACAUAAAACCCUGGAGAACUUUUCUAUUUAUAGUUUUGUUUAUACUGUCAGAUCGUUUCAGUUUUGCUGGCAUCUCAUUGAAAUGUAAAAGGUUUUGGACUUUGUAAUCUCGUGGUUAUGUUUAAUAGCAGCUGGCAAUAAAUUCAGAACUUAAAACUGCUUUCUACUGAAGCCUGGUUAAUACAGUGUAGUGUUUCAACUCUGAAGUAGUAAAGGUAAGGACAGACUUAAAUAAUUUUAAGUUCGAGUAACCAAAAGCAUCGUCACCAGUUGAUUAAAGCUUCUGUUCUUUGCUGCUCAACAUACCUGUCUUCAACUAUUGCUCAGUCUCCUCUCUGCUUCCCUUGUGGUGAGGGAUGGGGAUACAUGGCUUCCAGGCCAGCAUUUAGUAGCCAGGAACUUGCUGU